CAUUGGAAAAGUACCCAAGUCAGCACUGUUUAGCGUGUGUCAGUUCUUAGGUUUUGCUAGUGGAGUUUACAGAAAUUACUAUUUUCGGUUCGUAAUAAUUAUUGAACCCAAACCGUACUUAUUGGAUUUCCUUCCUUCUUUUGCUACGAAUAAAGAUAUCUAAAGGCAUUUCCCCCGCCGGAUUUACGAUGGAAGACCGCAGCGGAAUCGAACGCAUCUACGGAGGUUGUGAAGGUCCGGAUGCCAUGUACGUGAAGCUAAUUUCCUCCGAUGGCCAUGAAUUCAUUGUCAAGAGGGAGCACGCCCUCACUUCGGGGACAAUCAAGGCCAUGCUUUCCGGACCCGGACAGUUUGCGGAGAACGAGGCAAACGAAGUUAACUUCCGAGAAAUACCGUCGCACGUUCUGGAGAAGGUAUGCAUGUACUUCACGUACAAAGUGCGCUACACCAACAGCUCUACGGAAAUUCCCGAAUUCCCCAUCGCCCCGGAAAUUGCGCUGGAACUGCUGAUGGCUGCUAACUUUUUAGACUGUUAGGUACUAAACAUAGAAAAGUGCGUGUGAACGAUCGAGAAAAAAAACUAAGAGAAUGACCGAAGGAAACAGCGGAUUGGGUAUUGGCAUGAGUAGAACACGAAGAACACUCAUAAAUCAAAAGCAUAUAAUUUGUCAUCAAUAUCGUUAGUACUAAGGAGUAAAGAACCACACAAACCCACAACGCUGAAUGCAAAUACUCCCAAUUUCAUAAUGAUGUUGCUUCGAAAAAAACGGCAAAGGAAAACCUAUGUGAAAUGAAUCUAAAGCUAGAAAGAUACUGUUCAAACAUUUUGUAAAUAUUCUGCGUAGACAGACAGACAUCUAUCAGAGACAGAAAGUUGCCUGUUUGACUGCUACAAAUAUUUAACAUUACCGCCUUAUCGGAAUAGUAAUAUUUCGUAAAUUGAUUUGGAUUUUUCAUAUGUAUUGCAGAUUGUGAGGAAAAAGAUAUGUUUUACCAACAAAUUCUAGGAUUUUAAGCAUCAUAAUUUAUUUGUUUGUUAAUAUAGUUGAAGCUGAAGUUGGCCAAUAACUGAUUUUUGGAGCAUUUCAUAAAAAAAUACAAUAAAAUUGGAAGAACAUUAAUUUGAGUUGUGAAAUCUUUUCUUUUCCUGAGUUAAGAGAUGAUCAUGACUGAGUGAGCAGCUUAUUUCGUUUUUUUUAUUCCGAUCUUCUGUAUUGUCUGCUUGUCUUAUUGUUUUACUAUUGCUAUUCUACUAUUGAAAGUCAUAUAAUGAAAACAAUUAAACCGAAUCUGUAUUUUGAAACAGGGAUACAAUUAUUCGCUUUUCAUAAAAAGUGGAAAACCUUCAAUCAGAUGUCCUAUGAGAUGCUGCCAGGGUGGUGGAAAUUCUUACUAUGUGCCAUCCACAGACAAAAAAAGUUGCAUGCCACUAAAAAUUACACUGAGAAAUUGCGAUGGUGGUAAGUGGGUGGUAGCAUCUUAUAAAAGAUCUGACUGUACAUUGAGUGUAUGCAUCAAAUUUUGUGUUUUAAUUUGGCUUCUCAUUUCCCAAAAAAAGGUUAAAGAUUUUUGUGUAAAAAUCAACAUAAA